UAGUGGAUGUCAAAGGAAGAACUCUGAAGGCACACUGACUUUAGAAGCCAGGACAGAACAGAACUUUAAAGGGUCAAAGCCAUUCCCUCAGCUGGUACUCAGCAAGUCCGUAUGGCUGAGAGCGGCGGGUCUCCUCCUGUAGCUGAAGAAGAGGAGCAUCAUGGAGGACAAGAAGAAAGGGGUCUGAGUGAAACACAGAGGCAGAUGUUAGACAGGUGUCUUCACGCGCUCAAGCAAGCGAAGAAUGACAGUCACGUGCUAGCCGCUCUGCUGCUGGUCACCCGCGUGUGUCCAGCACAUCAGCUGGACAAACUAAGCCUGCGGCGCAUUUUUGAGGCGGUGGGGCUCAACCUCCCAGCGCGUCUCCUGGUCACAGCCGCUCGGGAGGAUGCCCCCUCAGGCCUGGCCGCCUCUGACCUCCUGUGUCUGGGCGCCGCCCUGCUGGCAGCUCUGAGCACAGACCCGGACAUGGCCGCUCAUCCACAGCUCCUCGCCACUGUCCCCCUGCUGCUCAACCUUUUAGCCAACGGAGCAACGGGGUUGAGGCCAGAAUGUGAUAAGGGGUCAGAUGGAGGUUCAGGUACAGAUGGAUCCUCCUCGUCUGUACAAACGUCCGGGCUGGACGAGGCCACAGCCACAGACUGCUACCAAGUGCUGACAUCUGUGUGCGGCUUACCUCAGGGCCCAGAGUUGCUCCUGAGUAGGGGAGCCAUCCCUGCUCUGUGCCGGGCUGUGGAGCAGAACCAGGUCUUGAGUCGUCAGCGGGGGCUCCCCCUGCUGGGCCACCUCCUCUCUGCAAAAACCAAGAAGAAAGUGUGGAGCAAACACCCAGCAGAGCUCCUCGCCUUGCUCCUCAGACUGUCCACAGACUUCUGCCAGGCCUCAGAAUCGAACCGGCUCAGCUCGUGUGCCCAGCUGGUGCAGUUCCUGCCCCCAGCAGGGGUGGCGUUAGAGAGCAAGGAGCUCAGGGACGCGGUGAGCGCUGUGUGGGCGCAGCUGAGACCCAUGUUGCAGUCCAGGCUAACUCCUAAACAGAUUGGGCCCGUCCUGGUGCUCUGCGCCUGCCUGCUGGAUUUGUAUGGCUGGGACCCGGCGGGCCCGCCCAAAUUCUGCUGCCUGCUGGUGAACCGGGCUUGCGUGGAAGUUCGAAUGGGUUUGGAGGAACCACCGGGGAACGAGCCGAGUCCGGAGCUGCAGAACACGCUAACAGGCUGCUACAGAAUCAUGGAGGCGGCGAUGGAGCAGGCCUGUAGCGCCGUCGACGCUCCGAGCCCCGCCCCUUCCCUCCCCGCCCUCAGCCUGCAGCAGAGCCGGCAGGUCCUGCAGGUCCUCCAGGAGGCUUUCUCUGCUGUCGUGUUCUACCUGCAGCAGAUGGAUGCCAGUCGCUAUGGCGACCCCUUUGUCUUCGCCUCCUUCCGCUCACUGUGCUCCUGGCUGGCCGAGGAGACUUCCUGUCUGAAGCAGGAAGUGAUGGAUCUGCUGCCGUUUUUGGUGGGGUACGCACAGCACCACCUCCAGGGCGGUGCUGACGAGCAGAAUCUUUCGGACUGGAUGGCUCAGAUGUCCGUCAACGAGGAGGGAGGGGCGUGGACGGGCGGGGAGCCUUUAAGGUACCUCCUCCCCGCUCUGUGCCAUCUGUCUGCAGAGGACGCCCCCAGGAAGGUUCUGCUCGGCCUGGACGCCCACCGCCUGCUGGUGGAUUUCCUGCUACAGACUUGGACAUCCCUGAAGGGGCGGGGCAUCAGAGAUCCCAGCCUGGAGACGGCGUGCUCCACUCUCCUCAACUUCGCCGUCACCGAACCGGAGCGGGUCAGAACCGACUCGUGCUUCAGAACCCUGGAGGCCCAUCUGAGUGAAGCACUUCCUGUUCUGGUAAAUAAACCCCGCCUCCUGGUCCUAGCCGCGAAUUACUGCACUCUGGGGCUGAUGAUUGGCAGGUUGAAGUCUCUGCCCUCAGGUUCAGUGGAAUCCGGUCAGAGACGCUUCUUCCUGGCAGCCCUUCAUUUCCUGCGUGGCGCCCUGGAGUCCGUCCCCGGUUCCGGCCCGGCCCGCGUGAGCGCCGCCUGGGAGCCGAGCUGGGACGAAGCGGCAGAGCUUUGGAGGCUGAGCCUGCAGGCGCUGGGGGGCUGCGCCCGCACGCAGCCCUGGAUCCCGGCGCUGCUGCGGGACGACGGCUGGCUCUCACACACGCUCGCUAUCCUGAGCCAGAGCAGCGCGCUGCCGGACCAGAGCACCCAGGACGCCCUGCAGGAGGCGCUGUGCGGCGCCGCCCAGCAGUGCCCACUCUGCCAGCAGGAGAUCGCAGAGGCGAUGAGGAGGAGCGAUGGAGGAGCUCUGAGCAAAAUGACAAGUCUGAAGACGGUGGUUGGAGUAAAGUAAAGCUCCGCCCUCUUAGAUCAUGUUUGGAAAAAAACUUUAUUUGUAAAAUUCUUGAAACAAAAAAGUUGAAUAAAACUAUUUUUGCAUCAAA